AUGGCUCCGAAGCAGGCCCCAAAGCCCGAGUUCCAGGAGGGCGAGCGCGUGCUGUGCUUCCACGGGCCACUGCUAUAUGAGGCCAAAUGCCUGAAGGUGGCCCGGGAGGACAAGCAGGUACGCUAUUUGAUCCACUACAGUGGCUGGAACAAGAACUGGGAUGAGUGGGUGCCUGAGAGCCGCGUGCUCAAGUACUCGGAGGCCAACCUGCAGAGGCAGCGCGAGCUGCAGCGCGCCAACCAGGAGCAGCAGGCAGCCGAAGGCCGUGGGGCGCGGGGGGCUGCCCCGGGCCGCAGGGGCGCUAGCGCGCUGCAGCAGAAGAACGUGGACCGCAAGACCCGCAAGGGCAAGCAGAAGGCGGCAGCCACUGCCGGGGGUGAGGGCGGCCCUGGCACAAGCAGCAGCGGAGCAGCGGUGGGGGGCAGGGAGACUCCCCAGCCUCUGCCCAGGAGACGUGGCCGUGGGGAUCCAGGCCGCAGUGAUGGCCCCAGGGGUGCCGCCGCAGCCUCCUCAACCCGCUCUGAGCUCCAAGUACAGAUCCCCGCUGAACUAAAACCACUGCUUGUGCAAGAUUGGGAGCUGGUGACCAAGCAGGGCCGCCUCGUGGCGCUCCCAGCCGCCAAGAGCGUGGACUCCAUCCUGGAGGACUACGUGCGCCAUAGGAAGGCCCACGGCGGCACCGGAGACCAUCUGGAGUACGCAGCCGACGAGGUGGCUGGCGGCAUCCGUGCCUAUUUCAACGUCAUGCUAGGCCCCCAGCUGCUGUAUGAGCGCGAGCGCCCACAGCACAACCGUGUCCUAGCCGCGCACCCCGAUGUGCCUAUGUCUGGCCUCUAUGGCGCCCCACAUCUGCUGCGCCUAUUUGUGCGCAUCGGAGCCGCCCUCUCUUACACGCCCUUCGAUGACAAGAGCCUGGCACUGCUCUUUGGCUACCUGCAGGACUUCCUGCGUUAUCUGGCCAGCGAUCCUUCAGCCUUCUUCGAUGUCUCCGACUACAAGGAGGCCCCCGAGGCCGGUCAGAAGGCUGCCCGAGCCACGGAGGCCGCCCAAAAGGCAGCCUGA